GGAGCUACUCGCACCAGCAGUCGGAUGUUGUGAAGAAGAGCAGGGACGCAGCAGCAGGCGAGACGCGAUGGCAUCGUCCAACAAUUCCUCCGGAGUUUGUGCAGCUGUGAAGUUGCUCUAACUCACUACGAAGGUGGGAGCGCCACUCAGUGUUUCCAUGGCCGUCGGCUGAUGUGCGAAGCGAUGCGGCACCACUGGCUGCUCCUCGGGGCUUGCGGCUGGGUGCUGCUCAUCCUCAUGUUCGUCAGCAAGUUCAUCAGCUUCAGAGCUGUAGAUGACUAUGGAGACAGGGCUGGGGGUCAGAGCUGGACUGUGCCAGGCACCAAGGUGGUGAAACCUCCUCCUGUUUCCAGCCCGGAAAAACCAGUCCCAAAGCCAUCUGAUCAGCCCUCAGCCGUACCCACAGCGACAGAUUGGCAGUCGGUGGUUGAGAGGCGAGUCGAGUUGCUGUCAUCCGUGUGCAAGAACAGCAGCCUCAGGAACCUGACGCACGUCUCCAUCAGCAAGUUCGUGCUGGACCGCAUCUUCGUCUGCGACAAACACAAGAUCUUGUUCUGCCAGACGCCUAAAGUGGGCAACACACAGUGGAAGAAGGUCCUCAUCGUGCUCAAUGGAGCGUUCCCCACCGUGGAGGAGAUCCCGGAGAACCUCGUUCACGACCAUGAGAAGAACGGUCUGCCCCGUCUCUCGUCACUGACGCCACAGGAAAUUACUCACAGAUUAAACUCUUACUUCAAGUUCUUCAUCGUGAGAGAUCCCUUCGAGCGCCUGAUUUCCGCAUUCAAGGACAAGUUUGUGAAGAACCCUCGCUUCGAGCCAUGGUACAAGCACGACAUCGCCCCGGCCAUCAUCCGCAAGUACCGCAAGAGCCACCGCGACAGCGAGCUCGCCGCCUCCGGCCUGCACUUUGAGGACUUUGUCCGUUAUCUGGGCGACGUCGACGGCCGCCACCGCAUGGACCGGCAGUUCGGCGAGCACAUCAUCCACUGGGUGACUUACGCAGAGCUGUGCGCGCCGUGCGAGAUACACUACAGCGUGGUGGGCCACCACGAGACUCUGGAGCAGGACGCGCCGCACAUCCUCAGAGCGGCAGGCAUCGACCAGCUGGUGUCCUACCCGGCCAUUCCUCCGGGCAUCACCCGCUACAACAGGACCAAGGUGGAGCAGUACUUCUCAGGCAUCAGCAGGCGGGACAUCCGGCGUCUUUACGCACGUUACCAGGGUGACUUCCAGUUGUUUGGUUACCCAAGCCCAGACUUCCUACUGAGCUAAAACGAUUAACACUGACUAAAACAUUUUCACACAGAGUCCUCUCAACAUUUCGGUUUAGUGCGACAGAGGUGCGUCGUAGCUGAGCGUCCUCAAAGGCUGGAGUGCAGUAGGUGGCACGCUGUAAUGUAUUUUAGGAAUAACUGACAGGUUGUGGUGAUGUUUGCUGUGUUUCCAGGAUGUGCAUGUAAUGAGAUCGCCAAACUCCUCAUUUUGUGUGGCUCAGAAGGGUCAAUAUGAAGAUUAAAUACAGGUACAGAAGACAUUCGUUAUCGUCGAUGUUCAUGAAUGAAUAAUCCUCACGUGGCAAAGAGGUGUACACUGUAUCGCCAGGACUACAGGCCUGUAAUGUAGCUGUUAAACUGCACUGUAUGGUCCCAAGAUUGCACGGAUUCAUCCUGUCGAGGAAGGUUAUGCUGUCGUUUUGACAUGUUGUCUUUUCUGUACUUCUUGCCAUCAUGCUAGACAUAGGCAAAGACUGUGUGUAUCAGGGACGCUAACAUUUAUGGACAAGUAGAACGAAGGAACUGAUUGGAUAUUGAUAUUUGACUUCGAUGUUUUUAAGAGCUAUGAAUUAGUGUUAACUUUUUAUAUUUUCCGUUAUGCAAGAUGCAUUAACGUCUUCAGUAAAUUACUCCUCAGACAUCAUGAAGCACUUUCACUGACUCAAAGGCCCGGCCACAGCCGUCGUUCUGGUUCUGCCUUUACUGAAACUGACGAAAGACAUCAAACUCCGUUCAUCCAGCUUGUCGACUGCACUGGCACUCCGAAGGAAACCGGCACUGGAUUUUAAAGGCUCAUUUUUCUAUCAGAAAUGUACUGUGUAAAUGUUCUUAACAUGACUUGCAGUUCGACAUUUGUACUACAUGUUGCUAUUUAUAAUAUAAUUAACCUGACGCCAAUGGUGUCUCACAGUUGUAAGACGGCGCUGCCUCCCUGCGACCACCUGGUGACGUUUUGAACAGGGGGUCAUUAUACGACACUAGUUAGUAAUAAAGUUCCAUGU